AUGUCGCUGAACGGACUGGACAAUGUCGAGGUCACACAGGCGUACCAGGGUGCCCUCGCCGAAGCUGGCGGUUGGUUCCUGCUCAGGUACACGUCGAGGGAUGCCGUCGAAGUCCUGACCCGCGGCACUGGCGGUGCUGGCGAGGCGCGCGCUGCCGUCGCCCAGUACGAGGAAAAGUCACCGCUGUACGGCCUGCUGCUGUACCGCCGGCGCAAGGUCCUGGUCAAAUACGUGCCCGAGGGGACUUCGCGACUGCUUCAGGCCCGCGUCAGUGUCCACUUCAUCAACAUCACCGAGAAGUUUGCGCCCCACGACAUCGUCCUGUCCAUAUCCACCCCGGAAGAGCUCAGCGAUGCCGCUCUUACCGCCGCAUGCAGUCUGCACACCGCCGCCCCGUCGAGCUCCUCCUCCAGCGGAUCGUCGCGACAGCAGAAGCUCAGCUGGAUCCAAGAGGCCGCCGAGGAAGGCGCCCAGCCCGAUGCAGACGGCAGUGCACGACCGGAAACUGCCAAGUCCAACAUACCCACCAUACUGGAGCCAUCCAGAGACAGCGAAGACAAUCUCACGAGGAGCGGGUCGAUCAACUCACAAGCCGAGACGGUUCCGUUGAUGCUGGACGAGAAGGUCGUCGAGCACAAAUUGUCACCACAGAUCUCCCAUGUCACCAUGGAGACGGUCACUGAAGGGCCGACGACGCCAGACGACACCGAUCUAUCAGAUCUCCAGGACACGCUCAAAAGCUACGACUCGCUCUUCGAAGGUGGACCAGAACCCCGGAACUCUUCGCAGACUGCACGACCAAACUACAACGAACUGUACGAGCACUACUACGCGCAGUACACCAAACCAAAAGUUAAGCUGGGACCGCGACCGCGGCCAUCGCUCGAAGGCAGGAGACCAUCCACCUCGGGCAGUGCUCCGUCAGAUCUGGCGAGACCGAAGUCAUCGCUCCCGGCAGGUCUGCGCUCUGCGGCACGGAAGACAGCUGAGAAGAAAGAGUCCAAGACCAACACCUCGAGCACCCUUCCCGCGAUCGCCAUUCCUCCUCCACACCAGGUUCCUCCAAUGCCUGAGAUGCCACAAUCCCCCGCCUCGUCAGUAUACUCCGCGAGAGCCCCCGCCAGUACCAAGUCGAUGCCCGUGUCCGCCUACAGGAGUCACCUCAGGGCUGGAGGAUCGACACAGGAGCGGACAAGACUCAUGAAGGCUCUCGAGAUGCGCAAGAAACAACAACAGGCCCAACAGCUGAGGAAGGACAAGGCGACUGAAGAUGCUGCAUCGGAGGUAGAAGUCAAGGCCGCGGAGAUAAAGGUGGAGACUGACGCCGAAGAUGAAACUACGACAGAUGCGACCGUUGCUGCGACCGAGCCCGAUGAUGGCCCUUCCGCUGCACAACCUGAGGCCGAAACUGACGCCGACAAGGAGACCCUGCUUGGCGACGAUCUCCCUUCCUCGUCACGUUUAAGCCGCUCUGGCCUUGCAUUCGCGGAUGGUCCUACCGAGACAGACGACCUAAACUCUACUGCUUCGAUUUCGUCACCCGUGUCCGCCCAGACCCACGGUUCCACCGGCGCACCUUCAACACGGCCAUCGUCUAUUUCGGAGGACGAGGCAGGUAUGGAAGAAUCGCAAAAGUCUGACGAGCAAGAAGAGUCGCACAAUGCGGAUUUUGUGGAUGAAGAGCAAUCAGUUGACAGCACGCCGACUGUGGUUCCUGAGAGCACAACUCCCGUACCGCCUGUCGAAGCACAGGAGAUUGCGCAAGGCCCAGUAAUUACCGAGCGAGCGCCGUCGUUCGAUGACGCAGAUGACAGCAGCAAGAGGGACACCCUAAGGCCAUGGGAGAAUGACAUGCCAUCACAACGCCGCUCGAACCGCGAAUCUACCAUCUACAUGCCGUCGAACGAAGGGUACCAGCAAGAGGAAGGACAGUCCAAGAGACGCAACAGGGAGUCUAUGCUCAUGCCGUCUUCCCAGCAUCAAAGUUGGUACGAGACCAAAGGAAAGCGACGUGCUGUCUUGGAUCCACUCGAAGUCAGCGCGGACCAAUCCGAGACCGAGUACCUGUCGGAUGAUUCUUUUAUGGAGGAGCUGCAAAGCGCUACAGUACAUCAAGCUAAGCCCAUGUCGGUGUCCAAGUCGCCAAUCACCCCAUUCUUCCCCAGGAAAUCCUCUGCAACAGACCUACAAACGCCUCCCAGAUCAGCAUCGUCGAAUUACCAUGGCAUCAGUCGCCUGUCACCUGAGCAGACUGGCCGUAAGAUCUCGGGCGGUUGGCCUCCCGCGCCAAAGUCCGACUCGAGUACUGCGCCGAAGAAGAUCAACGUUUCUUCUGGCAUCUCGCAGAGGAUCAAAGCACUUGCAGACAAGACCAACAGGGAAUCGGCUUCACAAGUAAGUCUUGCGAGCUCUGCUUUGAGCACCAGAAGCUCCGUCGCCCAGCGUAAAUCCUCAUUCUUUGCAACAACACCUGUUGAGAUCUCUCCCUCUGGGAAAUCUACGCCGCGUCUCGAAAGCCCCUCGUUUUUGGCUUCAUCUGCUUCAACAACGCCUGACAAGAAGAAGCAGUCGGCGCCAGUCAAGUCGACAGUAUACAACGUACAGCGAGGAGUUGAGAAGCCGGAGUCUGUGCAAGUGACGGCCCGCAUCGUUCGCGAUGAGCGCACAAUGAAGCCGACGCUUGCGAUGCCAACGGAGAGUACACCACUGGAUCUCCACCAGAGCCCUCUCAUCAUCGAUCACCAAAAGGCAACCAUCACGCCUAGGAGCCCUACCCGUGGAAGACCGGAGCCUGCUUCUCCUCCACCUUCAUCUUCACACUCCCGCGAGCCCAGCAAUGCACCUUCGCGGGCUUCGUCCGAGAGCACGUGGAGAGCCUUCGGUCGCCGCAUGAGCGAGUCCAAGUCGGUACACAGCCACGACGGCGAAGACAAGAGGGAAGACAAAAAGGACAAGAAAGACGAAAAGAAGUCGCGCACCAGCAAGAUGUUCAAGCGCAUGUCUUCUUCCAUGUCUGCCAUGCCCUGGAAGAACUCGAACAGCAGCUUGGCACUUCCCGAGAACGACAUGCGUUCCACCUCUCUGGCGUCUCUACGCGAGCCACCGCCGCCUGUGCAUGUUGGCGAUCUGAACAUCCAAUUCCCAGACACUCUGCUUUGGAAACGACGAUGGGUCGAAAUUGACGCCUUGGGCAACCUCGUCCUCAGUCCGUCGAAACACAACGAGAAGGGAAUUGUCAAGCGAUUCCAUCUCAGCGACUUCCGCACACCCUACCCACCUGACCAAGAUCGCCAAGAACUUCCCAACAGCGUGGUCCUGGAUUUCAUGGACGGGCGUACCUUGCAGUGCGCAUGCGAGACGUACAUUGGGCAAGCUCAGGUUCUGCAAAUCCUGCGGGAGGCGCACGAUGCCUGGAUUGCGUACAACCAAGCGCUGUGA